AUGGCCGACAGUCGGCGCCUGGCGCUCGAGCGGUGGCGCGCGGACCGACGGCGUCAGAAAGAGGGGCAGUUGCUCGCGCCCGCCGCCGCUGCUGCUGCGGUCGCAGGCGCUGUGCGGCGCGUCGCCACGCACCGGUUCGCGCGAAGCGCUGCCCCACUGCGGACAGCCUCGGGAAUGCGGGAGAGAGCGUCGACGACCGACCGACGAACGGCCGUCUCGCUGGCGCGCACGCGUGACGAGCGAGCGGAGCGGCGGUACGAGACGCCGGCCAAAGCGACGAGCGACGCGGGCGCAGAGACGGACCGCACGACGUCGGCCGCGUCUGUCGACAGUGCCGACAGCGGUCGGUCGUCGUCGGUCGUUUUUUCGACCGUUGCCAAGCGACGGCGACGACGGAGUUACAUCUCCCCGAGCGCUAAUGCGCCGUCGUUGGCGGGUGGCGCUCAGCGCGUGCGGACGCCGACGAGGCCGAUGGUGGACCAUGGGAGCGACGACGACGACGACGGCGGGAUGGACGGCGCCUCGUCUGAGGAACAGACGCGGGAAGUCGGGCUGGGACCGCGACGUGUGCAUGUGCGGGCGCACCAGAGCACGAGGGACACUGGUGCGGAGCUUUUAGCAGUGGUCGAUGAUUCAGUGCUGGAAGAAGAAGAAGAAGAAGAUGAUGAUGGACAUGCGACGUCGCGCGAGACGAUGUCGCUGGGCAGUAGUGGCACGGCACUGUAUUCGACUCGGGAUGGUGGUGGAAAACAGGACGAGUUUAAACGAGAUGCUGGUGUAGAAAUGCAGCAGUUGUCGUCUGAUCCCGCACUGCAAGUGAAGGAAGAACUACGGCACUCGCUCGUAUUGGGAAUGAAGGCUGCAAUCGAGGACGACGAUGGAGGUGCACGCACGAAAAUGGAGAGCUCAUGGUCCGAACAAAAGUUGUUCGAUUCCGACCAUGUUCCAAUGGACUCGGCGCAAGUACAUUUGGGGACCAGCAUUGACUCGAAGGCCUACCGUCGAAGUUUAUCCGGUCUUGCAUCACUCGACGACUCGAAGCACGUGCGGCCACUUAGCGAUCGAUUGGAAGGUAAUCCGAAAUGGGGUAUGGACGAUUUUAUUGUGACAAGAAACCUGGGUCAAGGCAAGUUUGGGAAUGUGUAUUUGGCCAAGGAGAAGUGCUCGAACGCUACUGUCGCUCUCAAGGUUCUAUUCAGGUCACAACUGACACGUGAUGGAGGACCAAGUAAUUUGAAGCGUGAGGUCGAGGUUCAUGUGCGACUGUCCCACCCCAACAUUUUGCGUAUGUACGGAUACUUCUACGACGAUUCGUGCGUGUACAUGUUGCUCGAGUAUGCGCCUUACGGGGAACUUUACAAAGAGUUGGCGAAAGAAAAGUGUUUCGCGGACGCUGUAGCUGCACAUUAUGUGGCUCAAGUGGUCGAAGCUUUGAAGUACUGCCACAGCUGCAACGUGAUUCACCGGGAUAUCAAGCCGGAGAAUCUACUGCUAGGAUACAAUAAGACCAUCAAGCUUGCUGAUUUCGGGUGGUCAGUACAUGCGCCCACACCAUAUAAUCUCCGAAGGACAUUCUGCGGGACUCCAGAUUACCUAAGCCCGGAAAUGGUGAUGGGGGAGCCUUACGACUACCGGACCGACUUUUGGAGUCUCGGUGUGCUUACCUACGAGCUGCUGGUCGGUUCGACGCCGUUUUACUGCGUAAAUCAAAUGGAGAUGUAUAAGCGAAUUCAACUCGUCGAUUAUCAUUUUCCGCCGAGCCCUCAGGUUUCCGAUCGUGCCAAGAGCUUCAUAGCAGGAUUGCUCAAACGGAAGCCAUGCGACCGAAUGCAAUUGGACGAUGCAUCCAAGCAUCUGUGGUUCCAGAGGCACCAUUCGACGUAA